GUUGUCCUCUCGUCAGGACCCCGCCGUGCGAGACGGCCGGGCUUUCGAGAGUCGAACGUCUCGUAAACAAGCCGCGAAGUGGAAACCCGUCCUUGUAUUGCCUCAAGGUUUUUGCCGUUGUGCUGGCCAUGCAGCUGGAUCGCGUGGAGGCCUCGGCCUGCGGGCUGGGAGAGUACCCCGUAGGCGGCGAGUGCUGCCCGAUGUGUGCUGCUGGACUUCGGGUUUUCAAGCAUUGCACUGCAAAUUCCAGCACGACAUGCAUACCUUGUGUUGAGGAUACGUACACAGAUCAUCCCAAUGGUUUAGAACACUGCAGGAAAUGUAAACUGUGUGAUAAAGGAGCCAACCUAGUGCCAGAGGUAGCAUGUACCUAUACGAAGAAUACCGUGUGUGGCUGUCUGCCUGGGUAUUUCUGCAGUUAUUUGGGGACUGAAGACUGUGAACUUUGUCAGCGCUACACUGUCUGCUUUCCUGGCAGUAUGGUAAAAGAAAGGGGCACAAAGACCACUGACAAUGUGUGUGAAGCCUGUCCUCCUGGAACCUCCUCAACAGCCAACAUGUCUUACAGUUGUACACCAUGGCCCACAGUUAAGGAGAAUGGCCGGGUACAAGGAGACGACAGGAACACUUCCUUAGAUCCCUCUGUUACAGCAGUUGUUGGUUCUGUUGUUGGAAUCGUGCUAGUUGUUGCAGCUGCCCUUACAUAUAUCUGGCAAAGGAGGAAAAGGAAAAAUUACGUGCCACCGGUGCAGGAAUCAGGGACUGGACAGCAGGGUCAGGCUUUGAUAUUAAUCAUGGAGAGUGGGAAUCAAACAACUGUUCCUGUGCAGGAAACCACUGCCGACCCUGAAGAAACCGAGCCUGAAUAGCCAUUUUUGUUUGAACUAUUGUAGCCAAUGAAGUUGGCUUUAAAAAAAACCCAGAAAACCAACCACAACCGCCCCUCCCCCGAAACCCAAAACACAUCGACAAAAAAAUCUCAACCUUUCUUCCACAUAUUCAUGGAGAAAAAAGACAGCUUGAAAAUGAAAAGGAGGAUCUGCAAAGGAGCUCAGGAAAUAGCCAAGUGGCAUCUUCUGAGGCAUCAAAGUUUGAAAUAGCUGAAUGAUCGAGGUAUUGGUCAGUAUCGUCAGAGGUUGUAAAGCUCUUUCCUUGCUUUAUGGAGCAGCGGCCUGUGUGGUACGCCUGGAAUUUCUUUCUUAACUUACUUACCAACUUGGACAGUUAUCACUUGAUAUGCAUGUCAUUAUUCCAAGAUAAGUUUGUUGGUGGAAAAAAAUUGCUCUUUUUCAUGUUAAAGAUUCCACAUAAGUAAUAUAUAACACGUUUUCCAAAUGCAUUUUGUACAAGUUUUUCCUUUUUGGAAAUGAAGAAAAUACUGAUGGGAAAAGGAAUCUUGCACAGCAAGAAACAUUUAGCUUUUAGUAAUGUUGUGAAUGACAUAUACACAACUACUCUCUUUUGCUAGUCACAUCUGCUCUAAUCUGCAGUCAUGUGUUACAACAAAGAAAGCUAAGGUCCUACGUGAACAUUAUGUCUAGAAAUAAAGUUCUUACUAACGAAACCACAUUCUCUCUGUAAAAGAACUUUCCUGUUACCUGAAGAAGGGAAAACACCAAGUUGCUUGGCUGUUGGCAUUAUCUUGAAGAAAAGCAUUAUUCUUAAAGAGCAUCAUGGUGACCAUAGAUUUCUGAAGAAGGAUUUGGUGAGGAUGGUAAUGCUUAAUUUAUCAGCUGAGCCUCAGGUGAAGAAUUGUAUAUAAAAUGAGAUGGGGAAGAAGAUGGAGAGAGGCAUGGAGGAGGCACACGAUGAGUGCAGUGGGACACCUGGGAGGAGGCUCUGGGGCUGAUGGAAUGAACAGAUACUGAGAUGUACUGUGAAAGCAUCAGGGUGAAAGCAUCAGAAGCCUGUUUUGCACAGGCUGCAGAAGGAACUGGUAGUGGAAACGGAGAGAGGCCGACAUGGCAGGUGUCUUUGCAUUUCUAUUUCGAAUGACUCUAAGGAAAAGCAGAGUAGAAGGGAGAAGGGAGAAGAGCUUGCAGUAGUUGACAGAGGUUGCCUGUGUUUUUGCUGCACUAAUGCAGUCCCUCUGAAUUCAUGUUCACCCAGGCCACGGAUCUAGAGACCAUGGCUCUUUGACCAAUGAACUUGCAUACCUCUUCCCCACAUGACUAUGAGGAAUAGAAGAAAAUGGGAAAUGGUUGUCUUUUUGCUUAGGGAAAAUGUGAUAGACAACUUCUUCAUAUUUUUUAUAAAACUCUGUUAGUUUGUUCAGCAGAAUUAGUUCUGUAUUUUUUUGCAAAAUAAGGUGACAUUGCAGAAACUCAACAUUAUGUUUUAGAAGAAUGGCUACAGGUAGCUGUACAAAAGUACAGCUCUAUUGUAAAAUCAAGCUGCAAGCGACGGAAAGUUAAAGCUUUUAGAGAAUGCUUUAAAAUUCCUUUUAAAAUUUUUGCUGUAUACAUGCAGAUCUGUCCAUGAAGAAAUAACCUUCUGUUCAAGUUCUAAAAAU